CUGUUACCAAAAAGUACCGAUAAGUUCAUUUCAGCCAGCCAUCCAGUAAUCAGUAGCGUUCGACAGCAUUUAAGACUAUGUUCAGACUGCAAAGAUGGAGUUUGCGCUCCAUUCCGUGCAUCAUCCAUCAGUAUCUGUUGCCAUUCUUCUGAAACAUUCUGCGGCCCUGGUAGCUCUGUAGAGAUGGACGGUCUAUUGGCUAGGGACUGUUCAAAGCUACCGUGUAGUGAAGGGUACGAAUGCUCAUUGACACCGAAAGGUAAUCGAGUUUGCUGCUCAUUUGCUGAAUGCCCGAAUGGACAACGUGCGAGAGCGAUCUGUGCAGAGGGCUGUGGCAUUGAUGAAACUUGUGAAAACAUCUAUGGUCAACGGUGGUGCUGCCCUAUUGUAAGGGAAAGGCAGUGCCCUGACAAUCGACUUAGGUGGGUAGCUUCAUAA